AUGGCCGAUAUUAACAUGGAAAACUUUGCUGUGCCGGAUUUUGUGCCAGAUCGCUAUGUGAAGGAGUUAGCUAGGUCGUGUGUAGGAGGGGAGGAGUUGCAGCAGCAAAAGGUGAAAAUUGAGGGCUUAGCUGAAGAAACGGCUAACGCGCUCAAGAAAAAUGUAUACGAGAAUUAUAUGCAAUUUAUUGAAACCGCCACCGAAAUAUCCCACCUUGAAGCAGAAAUGUAUAAACUAUCUCAUUUACUGAGUGACCAAAGGACUGUACUCACGACUCUUUCUCAAGCGUCAAUUUUAGGAAACGAUAAUGCCUUAUCACGCGAAUCUCUCGAUAACCACGACCUCGAAGCCGAGAGAGCUGAAGAAGAGCGUAGGAAUAAACUUAAUCUAAUUACAGAAAAAGUUGAAGGCUGUAUGAAUUUAUUAGAUAUUCCAGAUAGAACUUUAUUACAUGAGGGUGAUCUUCUUGAAAUUGAUGCUGAGGAGAACACAGCUCUACAAAGAAUGCAUGUUUAUUUAUUCAAUGAUUGCUUAAUGUUGACAUGCUGGAUUUCUAACCGGCGUGGCCCAAUGAGGUACAAGUUUCUGAUAAGUUAUCCCAUAAGCACCUUAGCAGUUGUCAACGUCCGAGAUUUAGGUACUGUAAAGCAAGCUUUUAAAGUACUAGCAUUUCCAGAUACAAGGGUGUUUCAAUGUAAUAGUUUAGCAAUUAAAAAAGACUGGUUGGAUAAGUUCGAGGCUGCUAAAAAGAUGCACAUGGAAAAGGAAACAUCAAAACAAAAGAAGAAAGAAAGUCAAGAGAAAUCUAAAGCAGAAAUGUUGGAAUCCCCUAGUCUUUCUGUUGAGGAACUGCCAUCGCCACAAAUAACUCCUUUACCUGAUUGGCUGGCAGAUGUAACAGAAGAAUUAGAUGUGCUAAUAGUUGAGAGACAUUUUCAAAAAACCUAUGACCUCAUGAUAACUGCACAAAAGACUUUAGAUACUGAAGAUUUUAAGAACCAUCCACAGAGAAGUGAAAUAUUGAAGAAAAUUGAACAAAAACAGAAGUCUCUCACUGAAAUUUUACUAAAAGAACUGGAUGUCUCACAAAACUGGAGCCCUAGAGGUGGUUUAAGGUCAUCCCGCUAUCCUGUACAGAUACUCAAUAAAUUUAAUAUGACAAGUCAAGCCUGUGACUUAUUCUUGGAUAUUUGUAGUCAAACCGUAAAAGCCCAUGUAAAAGGUGUUCAACUAGAAGGUUCAAUACUAAGUUACGUCAAGCAAGUAGGUGACGUUUUCUUUUGCUCACUGAGUGAUGCUUUAAUAGAGUUUACUAUACUUUUCCCCAAAAAUAAAAUAAGUAGUUUCAUAGUCUGGGCCAGUAUGCAACUCAGGAUUCUAAUGGCUCAAAUAAUAAAGCAAAUUUUCACACCACAAUGUGCUCUUGACUCUGUUUUAAACUGUGUGCAAAGUUUACGAGAGCAGUGUACUUUAUUUUGUGAAUUUGGAUUGGAUUUAAGAUUUCAAAUGAACAGUUGCUUACGUAAUCCAAUCAAAAAAGCACUAAAGGAAUAUAAGGAGAAAAUUGUUGAUUCUAUGAAAACAAAGGUAGCUGAAGAUAAUUGGACCCCACUAAGCAUGCACACCAAAGCGGGCACUAACAAAUUUCUAAUUCAAAUGACUGAUUUAGGUGUUAACUUGUCUAAAUAUGUAAUAAACGAGACAUGGGUUGACCUAUCUAGUAGCACCAUAUGGUUUACACAAUCUAUCAUGACUGUUCAGAAUAUUGGCCUUAAAAUUGUAACGAAAGACAUGAUGGAUUUUGUCAACGAAUGUAUCUAUGCCAUUUUUAACGCUAGACUGAUGCUGUCAAUAGGAAACGACUCAAGUUAUUCACAAAAGAAUUACAAAUUCUUAUUGGAAGUGUUAUUGCCAUUGAUGCUUAAAAGUUAUAAAGAGGAAGUCGGCUACGAUAAUCAAGAACUACUUAAUUUAGCCAAGAAAUUUGGUGUCAACAUUGCUCCAGCGAAAAAAGCGAACAUCACAAAGUACACAAGCAAUGAAUACUUAUGA